ACAAAGGUGUGAAGCGUUUAAGUUGAUCCAGUUCCAUUUCCCACUCGCCAUGUACGAGCCUAAAACGCUCAAAGAAACCAUCAAACCAUUGAUGGUGGUAAACUUCGUGUUCGGCAUGGGCCUGACCGGUAUCGAGGCAAAGAAACCUUCGAAGAAACUCGAAUACGUUUACACGCUAUGCAAUCUUGUGUUAUUCUACUUCAUCAAUAAAUUAACCUUGCCUUAUUACGACAAAUACUAUGUCAUCAGCACGUUCGAGCUAAGUCGUUUCAUAUUUCAAUGGAUGUUCCACGCGAAUAUUUGGACGAUAACACUGUUGAUUAUCAUUACCAGGAUAAAAGCACAGCAAUUACGAACAAUAGUGUCACUUGUAGAAUUAAGCGAUCAAAAAAUGGAAAACAUAGGAUUGUCACCGAAGCAUCGUUGCCUGAUGAUGUAUCAGAUCAAAAGAUACAUAUUCCUUGGAAUAUACACGCUCAUCUUCGUUGUGUUGAUCUACCAUUGUCAUUACGAAUCAACCACGCCAGCGCUUAUUAAAUUAUGCCUUUCCAUUUUACCGAACAUUCCGUUCAUAGUGUUCGGCGUCAGCACCAUCUCCUUCUGUUUCUGGGUCACGUGCUUGAAAUUAAAGUUUCGUCAGUUGAACGAGUUACUUCGUAGUAUGAGAAUCAUGGAAUCGCCAAUUCACAAAAGAGUGUUGGAAAUGACGAACAAUUUCGAGAACAACAGAUUCGCUUUGUACAGGAAUGAACACGUAAGAAGGAACACGAACACUAUAAGAGCAGUAAAGCAAAUCCAUCUGGAGAUAAUCAAGAUCGUGUCCUUUCUGAAUCAAACGUUUGGAAUACAGAUCCUGAUACAGAUGACAGUGUCGGUUGUCUUCACCACCAAUCUUCUCCACCUGUUGUACAGGGUUAUAUGGCUGAAUUUUACCCUCCCUGAGCUUCUACAGGAAUUGAUCUCCGUGAUUUUUUGGAUAUUGAUCUACGGGUCGCAAAUCUUGUACGUGAAUCACGUUUGUGCCAGCACUAACUCAGAGGCAGUAAAUAUUGGCAACAUUAUUUGCGAGUUUUAUGAACCAUUCGCAACGAAAGAAUUUCAAGCAGAGAUUCGAGAUUUCACUCUACAAUUGAUACAAAAUCCAGUGGUAUUUACGGCAUACGGAUUCUUCAAUCUGGAUCACUCGUUUAUCCAAGGGGUCAUUGGAACGAUCACCACGUAUCUCGUAGUCAUGAUCCAAGUGGGAGACUUAUCAAAUUCGGACAAAUCGAUACUCUCAUGAAUGGAAAUCGAUAUUUAAUCCAAAUUUUAUUUAAUUAUACUCUUAAAGAUAUCAGUCAAUUGUAUUGAGUGGAAAAAAAAUUUAAAAGAUUGCU